CCUUGCCGGAUGCGUCAAGCCGGGGAAGCUGUGCAGCGUCGCUUGUGCGAGGAAAGAGUUAAUGAAAGAAGCCUGCUUUCCUUCCCUCCCUAUUUGCUUGCAAGCUCCGCCUGUUGUCGCUCCGAAGAAGAGUCGCUUUGAGCCCGGCCUCCCGGCAGAACGAGAGGCGAGCGAGGCAAGGCAAGGCAGAAAAGCAAGGCAAGGCGAGAAACGCAAGGCAAGGCGAGAAAAGCAAGGCAAGGCGAGAAGCAGGUGUUCCUCUCUUUCCCUCUUCUUCUUCUUCUCGUCCUUGUCCUUGCUCUCCUUGGGAGGAUGCUGGGCUGCAAGUCCCCGUCGCUGACGUGCCUGCAGGGCCCGGGGGCCGCCGUGUCGGGCAAGCCCCCCCCCUCGCCCCCCGCCGCGCCCACGGAGUCGGCGGCCACGCUGCACAAGCUGGCCCUGGCCACGGGCGGGACGGAGAAGUCCUGGUACCGCUGCGUCUUCCCCUUCGGCAUCGUCUCGCUGGUCAUCGGCGUGGCCGCCACCUGCAUCACCUUCUCCAUCAACGGGCCGCGCAUGGACAUCGCCAAGGUGGUCUCCGUGGCCGCGCUGCUCUUCGGCCUGGCCCUCCUCGCCGCCGCCCUGCUCUGCUGGCGGGACAAGCGGCGGAGGCAGCAGCAGCAACGGCACACGCAGACCGGAGCGGCCCAGCCCGGAGCCCUGUGAACCCACGCCGGACAGACAGGUGCCUCUGCGCCCUGGCUCUGCCUUGUUUACAAAGUGCCCCGGGCAAGUUCCAGGAGAAGGUGAGGAUGCAGCACCCAUGGACAUACAUCCCGGCCGGCCGGCGGGAAGGAAGGAAGGAACACCCACCUCCAUGUGUGUGUCGCCUUCACGGAACAAUAAUGUCCAUCCUGGAGGGGUCUCAGGACUCCAGGGACUGCAUCCAGGUCUCACCAAAAGUGCCCAAGAUCGGACAAGAGGACUCUGUCGUUUGGCCGGCAUGAACAGCAUGGUCCUGUCCUACAAAUGGUUCUGUCUUUCGGCCGGCGUGAAGGCUACGAUCCUGUCCUACAACUGGUUUUGUCUUUUGACUGGUGUGAAUGCUACCAUCCUGUCCUACAAAUGGUUCUAUUUUUCGGCCGGUGUGAAGGCUACUAUCCUGUCCUGCGACUGGCACCAACAAUAAGGUCCUGAUUUUCAGUUGGCAUGAAUGCUACGAUCCUGUCCUACAAAGGGUUCUGUCUUUCAGCCGGUGUGAAGGCUACGAUCCUGUCCUGCAACUGGCACCAACAAUAAGGUCCUGAUUUUCAGCCGGCAUGAAUGCUAUGAUCCUGUCCUACAAAUGGUUUUGUCUUUUGACUGAUGUGAAUGAUCCUGUCCUACAAAUGGUUCCAUUUUUCAGUCGGUGUGAAGGCUACAAUCCUGUCCUGCAAAUGGUUCUGUCUUUCAGCCGGCAUAAAGGCUACGAUCCUGUCCUACAAGUUUCGGCCAGUGUGAAUGUUACGAUCCUGUCCUACAAAUGUUUCUGUCUUUUGACUGGUGUGAAUGCUACAGUCCUUCCUACAAAUGGUUCUGUCUUUCGACCAGCAUGAAUGUUACGAUCCUGUCCUGCGACUGGCACGAACAAUAAGGUCCUGCCUUUCAACCCAUGUGAACACUACAAUCCUGUCCUACAAAUGGUUCUGUCUUUCGGCCCGUGUGAAUGCUACAAUCCCAUCCUGCGACUGACAUGAACAAUAUGGUCCUGCCUUUCAACCCAUGUGAACACUACAAUCCUGUCCUACAAAUGGUUGUCUUUUGACCGGUGUGAAUGUUACAAUCGUGUCCUGCGACUGGCACAAACAAUAAGGUCCUAUCUUUUGACCGGCACGAAUGCUAUGAUCCUGUCCUGGAACUGACAUGAACAAUCAGGUUCUGUCUUUCGACCUGUGUGAGCACUACAAUCCUGUCCACUACAGUCCUGUCCUACAAAUGCUUCUGUCUUUCGACCACCACGAAUCCUACGAUCCCAUCCUGAGACUGGCACAAACAAUAAGGUUCUGUCUUUUGACUGGCAUGAAUGCUACGAUCCUGUCCUGCAAAUGGUUCUGUCUUUCAGCCGGCGUGAAUGCUAUGAUCCUGUCCUGCAACUGGCACAAACAAUAAGGUCCUAUCUUUUGUCUGGUGUGAACACUACAAUCCUGUCCUACAAAUGGUUCUGUCUUUUGACCAUCACGAAUGCUACAAUCCUGUCCUGCGACUGGCACGAACAAUAGGGUCCUGUCUUUUGACCGGCAUGAAUGCUACGAUCCUUUCCUGCGACUGGCACAAACAAUAAAGUUCUGUCUUUUGACCGGCGUGAAUUCUACGAUCCUUUCCUGCAACUGGCACAAACAAUAAGGUUCUGUCUUUCGACCGGAAUGAAUGCUACGAUCCCGUCCGACUGGUUGUCCUGGCAAGGUGAGCAACAUGGCAAAGCUCUCUCAAUUUCCGACGUGGAGCGACAGGAUCCGACACCUUUUUUCCUCCUUGCGGUGACCGGGACUUUGGGAAGGAAUUGAGGUCUCUCUUCAUCAUCCAGAGGACCUUCUUGCGCAGGACGAAAUGUGAUAGGAAAGAGCACAGAAGUGGCAAAGAGACACGGGAGCGUGUCGGAGUUUGGGGCUUCUAGCAGAGAAAGUCCGUUGGCACCGACAAGAACAGGCCUCCUUUGUCUUUUGGUACCAGCAUAGCCAGAAUGGCAAGGGUUGCAUUGGGCCACUGAUUCAUGCAGGGCUGGCUAGGCUGUCCGGUCAAGUGCACAUUUGCCAGGUGCUUUUUAUUAUUAUUAUUUCCAAGCAUAUAGAAACGGCGGGGUCUGUGGUUCGAUGGCGCAGCUGUGGCCGCGUCUCAAAAGGAGCGGCGCACAGUAUGUCCAUUUGGCACGGUCCCCGUCGGGCAAGGAGAACAGUUGAGCCUGGCAUCAAAAGAGCGGAAGGAAAUGGUGUGCGUGUACAGAUUGGAGGCAGAGACGGAAAGCAAACAGUUUGUGGAAUUCCUGGCUCUGUCUUCCCUGCUGAGACAGAACGAGGGGUGGUAUAUAUUUUUCCCUGACUUCUCUGCCCUUUAUUCCUUCACGGUGCCCUCUUUGGCACUUUUUUAUUGCAUAAAUAAACAAGUUUGAAACUGA